AUGUCUGACGCCGGCUCCGAAACCGCUUCCAACGCCCCCGUGGCCGAGGUCGAAAUCGCCGAUGUGGCCGAGGUCAAGGAGUCCUCCGGACCCAUGUCGGUCGAGGACGCGCUCCAGGCCGUCAUCAAGACUGCUCUUUACCAUGACGGUCUUGCUCGUGGUCUCCGCGAGUGCGCCAAGGCGCUCGACAAGCGGGACGCGCACCUCUGUGUCUUGGUCGAGACUGUCACUGAGGCCGAGUACCUCAAGCUCAUUGAGGCUCUCUGCGCCGAGCACAACAUCCAGCUCAUCAAGGUCUCGGACGCCAAGGUCCUUGGCCAGUGGGCCGGUCUUGCCAAGAUCGACCGUGAGGGUAAGCCCCGGAAGGUCGUCGGCUGCUCGUGUGUCGUCAUCACCAACUACGGCCAGGACACCCCAGCCCUCCAGGUGCUCCUCGAGUACUUCAAGACCCGUUAA